AGAUCGCCCGCGAUUUUGGUUGGACAAAAAUAAUUCGGUUGCCCGUCGCGAUUUAAACAGUAUUUCCUUCUGUUGACCGUGAAUUUGUGUUGAAUUCCAUCGCGUCGUUUAAAUGGAGAUCGAUAGUGAUAAAGUAUUGCAGCAUGUGCGGUGUCUGCGCGAAAAACAUGAUUGUAAAGAGUUGGAUCCGUUUUCGAGGUUAAGCAAACUAUCCUCGCCACAGAUGAACGAAAUCUGCGAGGUUUUGGGUGUUUUGUUGGAAAAUCCACGCUACACAGAAGAGAUUGGUCGCCGGUUCCAGAAUCUACUGCUGAUCAUAGUAACCGAUGUGUUUGAGGAAGCGAACACGGCGACUGCGAAGAAGAAAGCUGCGGAAGUGCCUACUGUGGAAAGUUGGGAAAAGCAUCGAAGAAAAUGUAUUGCACUGUCUAAGCUGAUCACGCUCUGCCCGGACGUGUUGAGAUACUCGAUGCAUUUCUUUCGCAACAAUCCAGCCCCGUUUGCCCAUACCGUGGAGGAGCGUGAAUAUAUACCGAAACCAAAGCAACGGAAACAAGCUGCGAAGCCGGUUGCGGACGAUGCCACUGACAGCGAUCUGGAAUUGGUGCGCUGCUGCUAUCGCUUUCUGCUAGCCGAUACGGUUUACUAUCGUGGUGCAUGGGAUUGGUCUGCCUUUUUUGAUCAAUUUGAUUGUAAAGGAUGUCCUCGCAAACGUUACUACUGGAAUCGGAUCGUAGCAAUCGUUACUGGCAUGGCACAGAGUGAGCUGAAUCUUCUCGACGAAGGCAUUCCCGUGGAGGUCAUACUGCAAGAGACAGACCAUUGCAAUCCAGAGAUGGCCAAUGACGUGGAUGAGGCGAAUUCAUCGAUUACACCCUCGGAAUGCACCGCUGGCAAAUUACUGUGGCACUAUAAAAGCAAUAUCAUCACGAACAUUGGUGAUGUGCUUUUGCCCAUUUUUGAUCGAGACAAUUACGAUUACUGGCAGGAUGCACGGAAGGAGGACACACAUAAAUUGUCCGAGUCAGAUUUGGUAGUAAGCUUGACUUCAACGAAGCUUAAUUUGCGAAGCCUUGCCUUGGGCGUGUCCUCCAGAAAGGCUAUCUGUCUUUCUGGUCCAGUUGGUAGCGGUAAAUCUUCACUGGUCGAGUACCUGGCCAAAGCAACGGGACGCGUUCCACCGAAGGGCGAUACUGCACUGCGCAAACGGAAAGUCCUUAUAGAAGAGCAAAGCAAGAAGCGGAAAAGUGCAACUAACACCACAGCCGGUCCCAUUGGAACGGAAUGUAAUGAAACGAUCGAAAUAGAUGUGGAUGAAAUUCGGAAAGGCGGUGCUAAAAAUGGAUUCCUACGGAUUCAACUCGGCGAUCAAACGGAUAGCAAAACGCUACUCGGUCAAUACCGUUGCACGGAUACACCGGGAGAGUUUGUGUGGCAGCCGGGAGUACUAACGCAGGCCGUUAUGUACGGUUACUGGCUCGUGCUGGAAGAUUUGGAUUCGGCCACGCAGGACGUAUGCACGGUAUUGACGAAUUUGUUGGAGAACGAUCAUCUUAGUGUACCGGGCUUUCGUGAUUGUUUGCGGAUUGCUCCCGGUUUUCAACUGUUUGUGACACUACGCUCCGGCGCGAAGACCAGUGCAUCACAGGUCCACAGUAGCUCAACGUACAGCCUGCUAGAAAAGUAUCUGUACACGGUUAACAUUGUGCCACUGUCGCGAAAGGAACUGAGUGACAUUAUUUGCAUACGCUACCCGAAGCUGCGUACGGUGGCAAAUCGUAUCGUGGACAUUUAUUUAACGUUUUCCAGUGGAUGCCAUACAGAGGAGGAUGAGGAGAUGUUAAUCAACGAACAGUUGUCCAUCCUAGAGCCACAGAAGAAGACAGGUAAACCAGAUGCGAUAGCAACGGGGCAGGAGGAUGCGUUACCAAAGUUUCAAACGGUUAGCAACGAAAAUCUGGCGACGCUGCCCAGCGCUGGUACGAAUCGGCGUCUCGUAUCGACGCGCGAUUUGAUUAAACUUUGCCGCCGUUCGGAUCCAUCGUUUUCGGCCACCAGCGCCGAGUGUGCGUACUUUGUGUUCCAAAAUGCGGUCGAUGUGUUUUGUUCCCAUCUGGCCCAUGGUACCGCGCGGACCCAGUUGAUAACAGGAAUAGGUGGCAAGAUUGGUAUUCUACCGAGUCGCUGUGAACACUUGUGCACCGAGUACAAACCAACGGUCGAAGUGAGCGGUGCGAGCGAUAUCCGUAUUGGACGCGUUGCAAUGAAGCGCAGCGCAGCAUCAGCUGGCUCGGAAAACGAGGAAAAUCAAGAGGAUGAGGAAGAGUUCGUGCACAAACGCCAGAAGCUCGAUCGUACAGCUUCAUCGCGAGUGAAAACGGUUCAACAUCGAGCAGGGUACGAUGAACCUGCGCCAACGUUCUCGUUCACGCGACCUGCGGCAUGCCUGUUGGAAAGGAUUGCUGUUGCAGUUUCCCAAAACGAACCCAUCCUGCUGGUCGGUGAGACGGGUGUCGGAAAGACCAGUUCCGUGCAGUAUCUAGCGUACCAGACUCACCAUAAACUCGUGGUGGUUAACAUGAACAAUCAAUCGGAUGUUUCAGAUCUGGUCGGUGGUUAUAAACCGGUCGAUCUGUCGUUCGUCGUAACACCGCUGCGAUACGAAUUCGAGCGGCUGUUUCGGCGGACUUUCAAUGCUCAGAAGAAUGAAAAGUUCCUCGGCAACGUGGCUCGCUGCUAUGGUGCAGGAGAGUUUGAUGUACUGGUAAAGUUGAUGUUGAAAAUUGCUGAAAAGGCAUCUCAGAAAAAACCGGGUGUGGAUGCUACUGGCAUGGAAGGCGACCGCGUAAAAUGGAGUGCAUUGCAGGGGAAACUGCGAAAGUUGGACGCUCAGCUAAAGAAUUCUAUCAAUGUUUCCUUCGCAUUUAUUCCCGGUUCGCUGGUGAACUGCAUACGGAACGGAGACUGGGUUCUGUUGGAUGAAAUCAAUCUUGCUUCGACGGAAACACUCGAGUGUCUCUCGACAAUUCUUGAACCAGACGGUUCAAUAGUACUACUGGAACGGGGAGAUUUCGUACCGGUAAAACGCCAUCCAGACUUUCGCAUCUUUGCCUGCAUGAACCCGAGCACGGACGUUGGCAAAAAGGAUCUUCCGGUCGGUAUACGGAACCGCUUCACCGAAUACUUUGUCGAUGAGCUGCUGGCAGAAAACGAUCUGCUAAUUCUGGUCAACGACUACCUGUCGUCGUCCGGCAUCCCGAAGGUGCGCAUCAUGAACACGGUGAAGCUGUACCGGCGGCUCCGUGCUAUGGCACAGCUCGAACUGAACGAUGGGCUCGGCAAUAGGCCAGUGUUUUCGCUGCGUACCCUUUGCCGUGCGUUGUCAAUCUGUGGUAAAAAUCUGUGUGGUUCAAUCGAUCGUAAUCUGUACGAGGCGUUCUGUAUCAGCUUCCUCACGCAGCUCGAUCUGAAAUCGCACUCGAUCGUGCUGAAGUGUAUCCAGGGUACGUUACUGCAGAAGGAGAGCGGUGGAGUGAUUGCAUUGAAUCAACCGGCCAUACCACGACCAAAAGUGAACGCCGAGCUGCAACUCAACUUCGAGGGUUACUGGAUCGAGCAGGGCCCACGUGAAGUGCAGCAAUGUGAGAGUUACAUUCUUACGGACAGUGUGCGGAACAAUUUACGGGAUCUUGCGAGAAUUAUUUCGAUCGGAAGACUACCGGUGCUGCUGCAAGGUCCUACGUCGGCCGGUAAGACCAGUUUGAUCGAGUAUAUCGCGAAGCGCAGUGGAAACGUGUGCCUGAGAAUCAACAAUCACGAGCAUACGGACCUGCAGGAGUACAUCGGCACAUACGUGGCGGAUGUCACCGGAAAACUCACGUUCCGGGAGGGUGUUCUAGUGGAGGCAAUGCGCAAUGGCCAUUGGAUCAUCCUGGAUGAAUUAAAUCUGGCACCGAGCGAUAUCCUGGAAGCGCUCAAUCGCGUACUGGACGACAACCGUGAACUGUUUAUCCCUGAGACGCAGGUGGUGGUGAAAGCACAUCGAAACUUUAUGCUUUUCGCUACCCAGAACCCACCGGGACUGUACGGUGGUCGUAAGAUGCUUUCUCGGGCGUUCAAAAAUCGCUUCAUCGAGCUACACUUCUCCGACAUUCCGAAGCCGGAGCUGGAGGUGAUUCUCGAACGUCGCUGCCGAAUCCCUCGAUCGUACGCCGUGAAGAUGGUAAAGGUGAUGACGGAUCUUCAGCUUAAUCGACGGAGCACAACGACGAAACAAACGUUUACACUGCGCGAUUUAUUCCGCUGGGGCAAUCGUUAUACGUACGCCGAUCCGAAGCUACUGGAAGAUCGCAGUUACGACUGGAAUCAGCAUCUGAUCGAUGAAGGGUACCUUGUGCUUUCGUCCAAGGUGCGCAACGCUUACGAAACGGAAAUAAUCCGUGAGGCACUCUACACCCAUUUCCGGAAGCGGGUGGAAGAAGCUAAUCUAUUCACCCUGUCGGCUACUACGUCCAAGGUAACGAGCACGAUACUAGAGCGCUUGAUGCAAGCAACUAAGGUCGGCGAACAAGCGAAUAUCGUAUGGACGUUCGAUAUGCGCCGAAUGGCGGUAUUAACAGCUAAAGCCCUCCAAUUCGAUGAACCGGUGCUACUGGUGGGACCAACAGGAUGUGGCAAGACUACGGUAUGUCAGCUACUGGCUUCACUCGAGAACCGUAACCUACGCAUCCUGAACUGUCACAUGCACACCGAGGGUGCCGAUUUCCUCGGUGGACUCCGUCCGUACCGUGCGUCCGAUGAAUCGAAGGAAACAGCGAAUGAAGACACACAAUCUCAGAGAUUGUUUGAAUGGUCCGAUGGACCGCUGGUGUUGUCGAUGCAGGAAGGUGGCUUCUUCUUGGCCGAUGAAAUAUCACUCGCUGAAGAUUCGGUCCUUGAGCGGUUGAACUGUGUGCUCGAACCGGAGCGCACACUAUUACUGGCUGAGAAGGGUGGCAUAGCGGAAUCAAAUCAAGCGCAACCGGCGGAUGGAUUCGUUAUUACGGCACGUGAAGGCUUCCAAUUUCUGGCCACCAUGAACCCGGGUGGAGAUUUUGGCAAAAAGGAACUGUCACCGGCUCUACGCAAUCGACUGACUGAGAUAUGGUGCCGAGCUACGGACGCCGAGGACGAUUUGACGCGGAUAGCGGAGAAUACACUGCGCCGGCUAGUGGUGGCCAGCGAGGAAAACAACUGGAAAACGAGCGUCGCGGGUCGUUCAAACUUUGAGGCAAUCGCACGCGUCAUCAUUAAGGUGGUAGCCACCUUGAAGCGUUCGAUCGAAAAGCUUAAUUUCAGUAUCCGCGAUGUGCUGGCAUGGGUGUCGUUUGUGGCCAAGAAUGGCCCCCGUGUGGGACUGCCGGAAGCACUGAUCUAUGGACUCGAGACGGUCUUUCUUGAUUCACUGGAGAUGUUACCGUAUGAGACGUACGAAGAGAUCAUUACGAUUCGACGACAAAUGCGACGCUCCUUGAUGGGCCAAAUGAAGCAACAGUUGAGCUGGGAUGGCAAGGUUAAUCUUGCCACCAUCGAUCACGAUCACACCAAGGCUGGUGUCGUAAUCGAACGAACGGAAGAUCGUUUUGGGAUUCAUCCGUUUUACAUUGAGCUAGAACGAACAGCGAAUCACCGAUCAUUGUCGGAAUGCCAGUCCGAUUUCAUGUUCACCGCACCAACCACUCAGCGCAAUCUGUUCCGGCUGCUGUCCGCUUUAAGUCUGGAGAAAGCAAUCCUGCUGGAAGGGCCACCGGGUGUGGGUAAGACCUCGCUGGUGGAAUCUCUGGCACGUACCAUUGGUUACGAUUUCGUACGCAUCAAUCUGUGCGAGCAUACUGAUUUGGCCGAUCUCUUCGGUACCGAUCUACCUGCCGACGAUCGGUCGCUCGAGAUGGCUGAAGCGACUGGCGAUGAACAACUGGAGACUAAUGGUAACGGAGCGGAGCGACCUACACUUGGAUCUUUUGUAUGGCGCGAUGGUCCCCUGUUGGCGGCCCUGAAGGCCCGCCGUCACACGUGGAUUCUGCUGGAUGAGCUGAACCUUGCGCCGCAGAGUGUACUGGAGGGGCUGAACGCGAUCCUCGAUCACCGGGGUGAGGUGUUUAUCGCGGAGCUAAACAAAACUUUCCGACUAGGUGCCAGGACGCGUAUCUUUGCGGCACAAAAUCCACUGCGACAGGGAGGUGGACGAAAGGGGUUACCACAAUCGUUCCUCAAUCGUUUCACGAAGGUGUACCUACGGAAACUGGAACAGCGCGAUCUGUUGCACGUGGUCGAGGGAAAGUACAAGGAACGAUUCCAGCAGCUUGAGGAACAACUUACCGGAGAAGUUACGGAUGCGUCAUCGUCAUCAUCGAGCAGCUAUUUCGAUGUACCAGCAACCUCAUCCAACGGUUUGAGGUUCGAUCUGGCUGAACGAAUGGUACGUUUCUCGGAGCGAAUAGAGCAAGGACUCGCGAACCUAGAGUUCGGUUACAAGGGUGGUCCCUUCGAAGCGAAUCUGCGUGACAUUCUGCGUUGGUGUGAAUUGUUGUUCAGUGAAAGCUGCGGCUAUAACAUGCGUCAAUCAACUCAGGGAGCUGUGGAUCGCAAAAGUGAGCUGUUGCUUGUGCUGUUCGAGAAGAUGAGGCUCGUCUACUAUCAACGCAUGCGUGCCGAGCUUGAUAAACGAUACCUAGUUGCGACGUUUUCGGAAGUAUUCCACUGCGACGGCCAUGAGCUGGACUGCAUCUCGCAAGAUGUCGGCUUAUAUUGGACGGAUGAUCGAGUGUAUCUUGGUGAUGUGGUGCUAAAGAAGGGUCAUUCCGUUGAGCAACCGGUGCAACAGCAAACAAUAGCUAUCGGUGGUCCAUCCGCCGGCAACGCGACGCUCGUGCUGUCUAGUCAACUGGAGCAGCUAAAGAGCUUGACCGAGUGUGUGUUACUCGAGAAACCGGUGAUUCUGUGUGGUCCGAGCGAUUGUGGCAAAACGAAGCUGAUCAAUCUUCAUGCGACGCUGGCCGAUGUGCACUGUCAGGUUGAUACGAUCGAUGAUUCGGUGACCGGGAGCUUCCAACAAUUCGAUUUCAAUCGUCACCUGGAGGAGGUUGGUUCACUGGCUGAGAUGCUGGUACGGCGAACGGCAAAGCAAUCAGUGCGAUCGAGGGCCGAUGGCAAGAUCCUCCCAGAAUUGAUCUCGUUGUUACAGUCGUGGGAAAAGUAUCAGAACCUCAGCGAGGGAGCUAUUGCCUUCGCGACCAAUAUUGCCGGAUGUGAGCAAUCGGGUGAGAUGAUCAUCUUCCGUAAGCGACUAACGGCUCUGCAAAACGUUAUCAACACGCUACAGAGGACUGUCCGACUGUUGGUCGACUCGCCUGCGACACUUCAACGGUUGAAUGGAAUGCUACGGGUGUUGGGCAAGCUGGAUGUGCUUUCACGCCAGGUGCAAACCCUUAAUACCGGUGGUCACUUUGAGUGGGUCGAUUCGAAGGUAGUGAAGAGCAUACGCAACGGACAGCACAUUUGUCUCGAGCACGUGAACCUUUGUUCGUCAGCCGUGCUCGAUCGACUGAACCCGGUAUUCGAGCCGCACGGUACACUGCUGAUCUCGGAGAAAGGCUCCAUCGGGGGGCCAACCGAUGGUGCUGGUGAAGAUGACUCAGAAACGGAACUCGUCCAUAGACACCGCAACUUCCAAGCAUUCCUUACCCUCGAUCCCAGGAACGGGGAAAUCUCCCGAGCGAUGCGCAACCGUUGCGUUGAGCUUGCCUUCGAAAGCCGUGAUGCGUAUGGCGAGGAUGAUCUACGAAAAUUGAUCUUUGCCGGAGGUAUCCAUGAGCCGUACCUGAUCGAAGCCUGCCUCGACAUACACCGUGAGCUGCGCUCGGGAUCACAACUGGAUCAAUCGUUUUAUCCAUUCGGAGUAGCACAUCUGGUGCGGCUGGCAAAGCUGGUAGCGCAGAACAUUCGUAAACAGGGCACACGACGAAGCAUUGAAUGUCUGAAGCUCAGUGCGGUAGACGUUUACGUACGAUCCUCGAACGUGGAUUUGCUUGGCUUUGGACUGGAAUACUACAGGAACUCGCUGAAGGAAGCGAUCGAGAAAGUGAUCGCAUCCAUUAUCGUUCGCCGGAGUGUAGCGAGGCUCGACAACAUGACGCUACGGGCGAACGAUUUGACGAAGAUGACACGCAUCAAGCUGCAGGCGGAACCGUUUCUCGCAUUACUGCGAGGCUUCAGCGAAGGAAUCGAUAGUAAGCGUGUAUUGGCCGAUCUUUCAUCGCGUUUCGCAGCCAAUCAUAUCACAGUUAGUGAGUGUACGUUGAAGUACUUAUUGUACUUCCUCUACGAGAUCAGCUCGGUGGACGAUGUCAGGAUGCGCGCUGCAUACCUUGAAAGAGGCAUUGAGGAACUGAAAAUCGCAGAACCGAUUCAGUCUGUGUCCGUUACUAAGACGCAAAAGCUGCAAAUGAAUGUUGUGGAUGUCAAGAGUACAGUAGAGAAGCUGUGGAAUAAUGCAGCACCGACUGAAUUGGCUGCUAGUCAUGAUUUUGCCUUCAAAAGUCGAGAAGAAGUUCGAAAUGUUAAACAGGAACUGCAGGUAGCGGAGAAGCAAGACCAGAAAGUGAACCAUUCUUCAGACAUAUACUCCACUGCUCGCCUAGUACGUGAGCUCAACCAAUCGCUUUACAACAUAAUACAACACCUGGUACGAGACCAAUCUGCGGACGCCAAUAACGACCUGCCAUGGAGUCGUACGCUAUUUCCGCGGAUUCGUGAUUACCCGGCAGAAAGCAGCGAGGAUAGUCGCGUAGUGAGCUCUCAGUUACUGCUUCACUCCAUUGUUGAUCCAAUCGUGGCCGAACCGAUCACCAAGCUGAGCCAAAUCGAUCUACUGUCCUACUCGAAAUCCGUCAAGGAGGAACUUAUCAACGAUGGAAUCGGUAAUGGACUGCUGCUCCGAUUGUACGAGUUCCUUACCGGUUACCGGGCAAUGGUGGAGCGCACGUUACGCGUGCUGCCAAUGGACGAUACGCUGUACAUUAGAUUGAUUCUCUCGAAUCUCUGGGUAAACCGGCUUAUCGCACUGUCCCACGAGAAGAUGUACGAGCAUAAGGAGCUCAAGGGCGGAUUACUAGAUAGUUUGACAUUAUACUUCCAGUGGAUCGAGAAGCACUGUUUGCGUUUACUGGCCCAUGACGGUACGGCAAAGGAACACAAUGGUGAUCUUCAUGAAGCCCUUCGCCAAUCGAUUAGCGACCUGAGUCAUCCGUUAACGGCGAUACGGAAGGCAUACGGCAAAGCUUGUUUGGAGUAUCUGCCACUCUACACCACCGAACAGAUCGACGAGUUUACGAAGCUGAACGAAUUAGAUGCAGCAUUGAAAUUAACGCCGAAGCUUGGCAAACGUCACUCGUACGAUGAGUUUCUGCGCCGUGUUGCCUUGUUACAGGAUUACCGAACGAUCGAUCUGAAGCGGCAACUGGUUGCCCAGCUGGCAACAAGAUGGAACCAGCUAGUAGCAUCUGGGAUCAGCGAUCAAAAGGCCGAUGAUCCAAAAGAUCCACUGGAAGGCUUGUCGAACGUAGACUCGUUGAGAACAUUCUACCACCAAACAAUGCAUCGCAGCACAAUAAUGUUGACUAGCGAGGGAUGUGAGACGCAGGUUACGAAUGCGAUUGAACCGUUUUUGGAAUUCGCGAAAUCUCUCCCACAACCGGAAUCGAUUCCAACGAGAACGAGCAAGUUCGAUCUAGAAUGUCUACCCGUGUUCGAGUACUUCCUGUACAAAGCAUUGGUUGCAUCUCGAGUGGUCGGCGAAAAGCGAAACGCCAGUAGUAACGAUUCGUUUAUUCGAAUGGACUUUGUGCUUGCUAUACGAUCGCUCGGGCUUGAUGCCUUGGCGGCGGUGAAGAAGCUUACCGGACAUGAGCAUCGUGUGGCACUGGAAGCAUACGGCGAGCUCCAGAUGCUAGUUAAUCGAGGAAAAGGAGAAGAAGUAUUUGCGGAAUUACUAAAAAUCAUACCACCACAGCUGUAUCGCAGCCUAAGCUCGUACUGGCAUCAGUUUAUCAGUUCGCUCGAGCGUCUAGAACUUACCUCCCUGGCUGUACAGCGGAACGUUUGCCACGGAAUCGAAUCAGGAGCAACAUACGAUGAACAACAGCAAAAUACUGACGAUAGCACAUUGAUGUCCGGCAACAGCUUCCAUGGUGCUCUCCUGACAAUGAACAGUUUGGCCGUGCUGCUGAACGAUGGUUCCGGUGUGUUCCGUGUUACUGGAUUCGGAGAGCUUCCGGAAUGGCGCCGUACACUUCGCACGCUCGGAUCCAUGCUCUGGUGUAAUUCACGGGCGCUUGCAGGCAGCUAUCAGGUGGAACGUGCAGCAUUGAAAGUGGCUAGCAGCACUGCAGCCAAGCUACUGAAGGAACUUGAUGUGAUCGUGAGUCGAUCAUCGAUCGAUCGAUUCGAUGAGAACUGUGAGCGGCAUCCGUUCGUUAAAGACUUUCUGUUAGUGGAACAGAUGCUCCGACAGUAUCUUUAUCCCGAGCAGGCAGUAGAGGACGAGUCUGACGAUGAUCGAGAUCGUUGCUGGAGAAAAGCCUCGAUGGUACGAGCUCUGACGGGAGUACUGGAGCUCAAUGUGUACGUAUUUCUACCACUGCUAGAUCCUGUGGAGAAGAAUCGACUUAAGCAACGCUACCUGGAAGAAGACAUUGAGCUGCUGAGAACACUCGUUCGCACAUACGAUUGCAUGGCCAUCACGAUGAACUACCAACGGUUAGGAGAACACAAUCGUCGUCUUUUCACGAAUGAAAUCGAACGAUUGCAUGGUACGCGAGCGCAACUGACUCGCAAGGUUGCACUUCGUCCAGAAGAUGGUGGUAGCGCUCGGUACGCGGAGCUAGUCCGGGAUGUGAACAACUUCCUACUUUCCUGCUGUCAUCCGGCCACACUCGGAACGUUGCUUAAAUCUAUUAACCAAUGCCUAGAUUAUGCGCUGGACGCGCGGCAACCGGGUGCCUCUAGCAAUCGCAACCAUACGCCAGCAUUCUUGCAAAGAGUCGGCGAGCUGAUCACCCAGAUCGAUCUUUGGAUUGACAUUGCGAACCAGUUCGAGCAUCACACGCUGAAACGCUUCGAGACACACUAUCGCGACUUCCUGGCACCGCUCUGCAACUCGAUCGUAACGCUGCGAUACGGGCUGACCGGACUACGGCAUUGUUUGGCCGCUCGUAAGGUAACGAUCGGCCAGAAGCCGGACGGUCGAUUCUACGAUCUUGAUGAGGAUCGAGCACUGCGAAAGAUUGCGGCCAAGUUUGUGCAAUUCCCUUGCACCAAACAACUAGAUCUGUUUGACGAUCGCCAUAAGGUGAACAUCUACACGGUGCUGGAGAAGCUGGCCCAUCCGGAGCAGAGCUAUUUCCGGCUGCUGAAAGCACGGUUACAGGAGGUAGGUAAUCGUAUUCGUGUCGAGCGGUUCUUUGGGGAGCGUUCAUUCGCCGAGCUCGAUCAGAUCGUGAACGUGUGCAAUCAGGUGUGGCAAAAGCAGGAAUUGAUGCGCCGGAAGCGACAGGCCGAGGAGGACAGUCUCUACCAGACCAAAUCACACUGUGAGGAGGAAGAUGAGGAGCUGGUGGCACGGCGCGAGAUACACGAACUGUUCCCGAGCUACGUGGACGAAGACUUUGCCGAUUUCAUCCAGAACGACACUUUGGAACAGGUGAUCAAGCCAAUCAAGUCGGAUGGUAAAGUUUCCAAAACUGCGGCCGAUACGAUCGGCGAUGAGGAUUAUAAGCUGAUCUGCGAGAGCUUCAUCGAGCUUAUGGCGAAACAUUCACGAUCGGCUCACUAUCACCCGGAAUUGCACACAGCACUGGAUGCCUCGACCGGGUCUACUGCUGGCGUUCGUCAGGAGGGAUCACACCGGCUCCUCGCGAUCGAUUUUGUGCAGCCUUUUGAAACGAAGCUAAGCAUUUUCCACCAGCUGGUGCAAAAAUAUGAACCGUACAUAGGCAGUGAGUUCGAUGAACUGGCGUACGGUGCACUGAGCUUGGCCGUCGGUCUGCUGCAGGAGAAGUACGAUGAUCAGCAGCAACAGCAAAUGGUAGUGGGUCGUGUCGAGCGCAAGGGAACGAAAACAUCGCCACCGGCUUCGCAACCGACAAACUACAACUUCUACAGCGACGCCAAUAUUCCGGAAGUGUUGCAGUGUGUCGGUGUGCUGGAGAAGAUCGAGGAACGAGUGCGCCUGUUGCUGAACGAAUGGCCCGAUCAUGCCGUGCUGAAAGACAUUCUACUGAUAAUCGAACGGAUCCAGAAGCUGCCAGCUACGGCACCGAUUGUUCGGUUCAGCACCGGAUUACAGUUACUGCGGCAGAAGCUCGACGAAUGGAAUGCCGUCGCUCACAAGGGCAAUAAUGUGCGCGAUCUGGAGCGCGAUGUGGUUGAGCACAUUCACCGUUGGAUGCGCAUGGAGUUGCAGUACUGGCGUGAUUGUAUGUCGCGUACGCAGGAGCGAGUCCGCUCGAAGGCCUACCGGUACUGGUUCUUUAUGUACAAUUUGUUGCACGAGUAUCUGCAACAUGGUGCCAGCCGGAAAGGCCAGCUGGCCACGUUGCUGGAUUAUAAGAAGGUAGAGAAAUGCUACGGCGAACAGGAGAUUUUGGACAAUGAGGAAGAAACGGGCCAGUCAGAGGAUACGUCCGACGGUAGCGUAUCGAUCGAGGACGUUAUCCGGGUGCUAAAACAAUUCAUCGAAUCAUCUAGCUUCGCCGAGUACGCCACGCGGCUUCGAGUGAUGAAGUCGUUCGAGCAAUACCUGUCGCUAUUGCCACCGGGCGAAGGACUAGAUGCGUGCAAGCGAGACACACUGAUAGCCGCACUGUACAAUGUGCAUCUUUACUUCAGCCAAUUUACGGACGAAAUUGAAGAGCACAUCCGCUCGAAACGGGCACCGAUCGAGAAGAAGUUGAAGGAGUUUGUCAAGAUCGAAUCGUUUAACAAAGACCUAUCGUACUUUAGCAUGCGCAACAACAUCGCCCGAGUGCACCGGCAGUUGCACAAGUUUUUGAAAGAGUUCGAGACGGAAAUUGUGGCCCGGGUUGCUCCGAUCUUCACCCCGAAAGAUCCGGCUCGCGAGCUAAACGAUGCUGAUGAGCAGAAGGUAAAGGUGCUACGUUCGGAAGCCAAGGUUACCUACUACAUGGUGGAUGUCAAGAGCUUCAUGGCAUCCCGGAAACUACUGGAGCGGUUCUCGGCCAUGACAACGGGAGAACCAACUAGCGCAACCGAUCACGAUACGAGUAGUGACAAGUCGGUGCAGUUGUUCCAGAAGAUCGAUCGUUUCUUCACGACGGCCCGGAACGUGUGUCGUGAGGCGAUACUGCACGCACCUUUCCCCACGCUCGUGUACAGCUUGGAUAACGUUUUACACGAGCAGAUUGAUACGAUCGAAUAUUUGCGAGGGCUGGAGGUGGACCGAUCUUUGCCUCGACCCAAGCAGAAGUCACAAGCGAAGCAAAUCCUGAACCAAAAACGCAAAACAUUGGCCGAUUUUUACAAAACACUGGCACAGCUCGGUCUGAGCUAUCGGGCGGGAUUGAUGGAGGUAGCGAUCGGUGGAAUCGAUCCGGUGGAUGCGACGAUCGCUCCGUUUAGUCUUGAGCUUCUCACGCAUGGAUCGCGUUAUCGCAAAGUGGAUCAGCACAUCGUGUUCCUGAAUGAUAAACUGAACUUGUACUACGCAAAGUGUGUGUUCAAGAUCAAAAUGCUCGGUAAGGUGAUGCUGCAACCGGAUGCCGAUAUCGGUGGCGCGAUCAACGUCGAUCGCAUCAAGGGCUUCUCGAUCGAUCUUUUCCUGCUGGUGCAGAACCAACGGAAGGCAUUGGCUGAAAUGGUUCGGAAUGUUUCACAGUUGCGCCAACAAAUUGCAGACCUAUACCAGCUGCACAGCUGUCUGUCGGAGAAGGAUGCUGGCCUACCGGAUCCUUCCAAGCAGGAUUCUCUUUGCUUCCGUGAGUAUCGUCACAGGCUGGACACGGUACAGCAAUGUGCCUUGGAUGGGCGUCUUGUGUUGGAACAGUUCCAGUUGCUGCUUGCAUCAGCUCCGAAAGAGUUGCAGGAGGAACUGCAGCUGUUCGAGGCUGCCAACGGUUCGUCAAGAGAUGCCGGUUGCUACUAUCGUGAUUCAAUCGAGUUUGGUACAAUCGAAAAGCUGUGCCAAGCGGCACUUCGACAGACGAUCGAAUUGAACGAUGAUCUGGCGAAGGUGGCCAACGAAACGUACCUUUCGCGAGCUCGAGUAGAAGUGUUCGAGGUGAAACUUGCUGCUAUAACCACCCAGCUGGAGGCACUGCGUGAAGAAUUCCUUCUGUCCGGUUCUGAGAAUGGCGAUGUUGAGCGUGCAAGCUACUCCGUUUAUUCGAAUUCGAUCAGAGAGCUAUUGGAUCGCUUUGAGCGCUAUAAACGGGCAGAAAUGGUGGCACCAUCCAGUGCCAGUACCGUUCAGAGUCAAUUGGAUGAGGCGAGCGUAAAUAAUGAGAUCGAAAACAUUAUUCACUCGGUGCUGAUUGCAAUGCAGACGAUCUAUAAAAAGUACUCGCAGAAAGAGGAUCCUUCGGAGCAGGAAAAGCCAGUGACAACGCCAUUGGGCGAUGGUGAGGAAGACAAGGAGGACGAUCAAUCACCGAACGAUCUACAGGAGCAACAUUUGAAGCAGAAAAUCAAUGCCGAUCUGCUGGGUGAUCUGCAAACGCUCGCUAUACCGCGAGUGGUAGGCAAGCUCAGUGUUUUAUUACGCCAACUUGAAGUUGGCGAUGGUGGUGUGGACGAGGGGGACGAGGAGAAAACACGUGUGCGUACUACGAUCGUUAAGCUAACCCGCCUGGUACCGAUGCUCGAACAGUUCAAUCUGCUGGUCGAGUACUAUCUCAUACAGCAGCUGGGUGCGCACAAGAUAAGCACCAAGAUGCUGUCGGUCAUGCUGACCGUGUUCAUCGAGCUUGCGACGAAGGGAUUCUGUGUCCCGAAGGAUCUGCUGGGCGAUGAACCGCCGGAUGAUCAGGGCGGCCAGCAGGAGGACGAUGAUCGCGAUAAGGGCGACAAGUUUGGUUUCGAGGAUGGCGAAGGUGAGAAAGAUGCUUCGCAUAAGAUCGAAAGUGAAGAUCAGCUGGAUGAUGCGCGUAAACCUGGCGAAGACAAGGAUAAGGAUCCGCAAGACGAGAAGGAUAACAAGGAGGAGAAGGGUAUCGAGAUGAGUGAGGACUUUGAGUCCAAGCUUCAGGAUAUGGAGAAGCCGGACGGAUCGGAUGAAGAGAACGAAGAAGACGAAAAGGAUAAGGACGAUAUCGAUAAACAGAUGGGCGAGACGGAGGAAGGGGCCGAAAAACUGGACGAUCAGAUUUGGGGUGACGACGAGGAGGAACAACCGGAAGAAGAGGAUAACAGCAUGGAGGAGGAGGAGGAUGGUACGGGUUCGAAUGAGAAGGAUGAGCGGCAUAAUGAUCUUAAGGGUGCUGAAAAAGAGCAGAAGCAGUCCGGCGAGGAGGAUCAAGAGCAGGAUGGUACGGACGCCAUUGAGCAAUCGGAGGGUACCGACGAUAAGAAAAAACAGAAACCGAAGGACGUGAACGAUAUGAAGAAUCAGGACGGGGAGGAAGAAGAGGAACAGCAGAAUCCGUAUCACAACGAGCUGGAAGAACCGCCACAACCGGAAGAGUUGGAUAUGGAUGCCGAGUUCAAUUUGGAUGGUGAUAAGGAUAGGCAGGAUGAGGAGGAAGGAAAGGAACAGGAGAAUCCAUUCGAUAUCGACACCAUGAAAGACCAGGUAGAAGAGAGUGAAGAGAAGGAAGAAGACGAUGGCGCUGGCGAAGAUGAAGCGGAAGGUGAUGAGCAAAGUAAGAAAGACCAGCAGGAGAAUGGAGCGGAUUCUUCGGAUGAAGAAGAACCCGAUGGAACCGAAAAGACGGCCGAUGAACCGGAACCGGAGCCAACCGAAGAUGAACCGACGGAUCCGCUGCAACCUCCUGUCCCCGAUGAAGAGGGACCAAAGAAAGACGAAGAGAAUCCAGCUGGGGAGGAAGAUAAGAAGGAAGAAGAUUCACAGGAUCAACCGCGGGCCGACCAGAAUGAUGAUGAACACCGUGAAGCGCACGACAAGCGAACGGAGGAAGAUCGAGUCGAGGCGAUGCCAGAUGCGGAAAACAAGGGAACCAGCGAUCAGGUGGCCAACGAUAAGCCGGAAACCCAACAGGAGCACGAGCUGGAUGAGCAGGAUACGGGAGAGGAUAAGGAUGGGACCGGGCAGGCGGAGAAUGAGCAAUCCGAUACGGGUCACCGGGGGAUUGCGGAAUCGAAGGAAACCCGAACACGAAAAGAAGAGCAACAGCAACAACAGCAGCAGCGGCAGCAGCAACGCCGCAAGCAGGGUAACACGGAUGAGGAUCGCUCGCUGGGUGAUCCGGAUAAGGCCGAACAGAAGCGGCUGAAGACGGUCGAUCAACUUAAUCGCGAGGAUCGUAAGGACAGCGAAAAGCAGGAAGAGGAAGCGGAAGAGGAUACCACACAGGAUGAGUUCCAGCAUGUGAAAGAUGCCAAGGAUACGGAUAAAACGACGAUGGACAAUGCAACCGAGGAGCAGUCGAAGCAGUUGCAACACCAAGAUAAAGACGAUGGAAAAGAGAAGAACGAAGAAAAUCCCAAUCCGGACGAAGAGGAGGAGUGUGCCGAUCAGCUGAUGGAGCAAGACGAACUGGAUCAGCCUUUGGAGGAGCAGCCGGACGUUCUGGAGAGUGAAAAGAACGAAAACAACAAGGAUAAACCAUCGAAGAAGGAGGAACGGACAGCAAAAGAGAAAAUGGAAACGACGGAAAAUGUGGAAAUCGAAGGUGAAAUCGUGCCAACGGCGACGGUCGCACGGAGUGACGAUACCGUGGCACACACCAUCUUCGAAAUACUGCACGACGUAACACUCCCGGAUGAACCGAGCACAUCGGAAUCGUUGGAAAUGCGUAAGAUGGUCGAAUCAGAGAUGCAGAAGUCGAUCCUCAUGGAGGUUGGGCAGGGUGGUGAUCAUGAAGCGUUCGAGCAGUGGCAGCAGAUCUCACACAAGAUGCUCCCGAGUGCGCGCGAUCUAUGUGAGCAACUGCGACUGAUCCUGGAGCCAACCAAAUGCACCCGUCUGAAGGGUGACUAUCGUACUGGGCGGCGCAUCAACAUGAAGAAGAUCAUCCCGUACAUUGCGUCCCAGUUCCGCAAGGAUAAGAUCUGGUUGCGGCGUACGAAGGCGGCCCAGCGAGACUACAAGAUUACGAUCGCGAUCGAUGAUUCCAAAUCGAUGGAUCACAACAACUCGAAGGAUCUAACGCUGCAAGCGAUAUCGCUCGUGUCGCAGGCGCUUACGCUGCUGGAGAGUGGUCGGUUGAACGUAAUGUCCUUUGGAGAGAAGCCACGCAUCCUGCUCAAGCACACCGAUCAAUUCGAUGGACCCAAGCUGAUUGGAGCGCUCAACUUCGACCAGAACCAGAGUCGCAUCGCCGAACUACUCAAGUUUGUACGCACGUUCAGUGUGGAAGACUCUGCGUCGGGCGACAACGGUAUCUUUGAGCACCUGCUGAUUGUGCUGAGCGAUGGCCGGAACAUCUACAGUGAGGGUGAGAAGCUGGUGAAGGAUGCCGUUAAACUGGCACGGCUUCAGCGCAUCUUUAUCGUGUACAUUAUCAUCGAUAAUCCUGAUAAUAAGCAUUCAAUAAUGGAUGUACGAGUACCUUUGUUUACUGCCGAUCGGUCGGAGAUCAUCAUGCAGUCUUACCUGGAUGUGUUCCCGUUCCCUUAUUAUGUGAUUGUUCGCGAUCUGGGACAGCUGCCGGUAGUAUUAAGUGAUGCCAUGCGGCAAUGGUUCGAAUUAGUAAACAGUGAGCAGUAGAAAAGGCAGUAGUUAUCUUGUACCACCAUAAGGGUUACCAGGGAAUAUGAAAGCCUUGGAAAGGUUUUAUAGGGUUUAUAAUAAAUUUCAAUUGUU